AUGACUAGUAGUCCAGUCUCAUACAGACUUCUCAGAACAGAGAGCAGUCUUCCUUCUCGAAUUCUCCCGCAAAUCUCACGUGACUCUCUCGACGACGGUCUCGUUCCCCGACUCUCUCUCUCCCGUCUGUUUGUAGCACCGCGACCCGUAAUGGUCGCCUACGGGUGCUCACGCACGUGCCGACCGAUCGCGGUCUCUCCCGUCUGGCCUCUUCCGUCUCGCUCGACCAAUAACUUUCCACUCAAUUUCUCUCUCUUUUGCUCUCUGUCUCUCGCUCUCUCUCUCUCUCUCUCUCGCUAUCUGCCUUCGUCUCUCUCUCUCUCUCUCUCUCUCUCUCUCUCUAUCUCGCCCUCAAUAUGCCCCAUGAGGUGUUAUUUGUGUGUUUUCUGUUUUUUGUGGUUUUUUUCUGUUUUUUUUGUGGGAGUUUUUCUUUCUUUUUGGGGGGUGGGGGGUCUUUUUUUUUUUCCUUUUUUUUUUUCUUUUUUGUGGGGUUUUUUUCCCCUGUUUUUUCUUUUACUUUCUGUUUUUUUUAGGGUUUUUUUUUCCUCUGGUUUUUCCUUUUUUCUGUUUUUUUGUUUGUUUUUUUUCUGGUUUUUCUUUUUCUUUCUUUUUUUUUUCUGGCUUUUCUUGUUUUUUUUUUGUUUGUUUUUUUUCUGUUUUUUUAUUCGUUUUUUUUCUUUUCUGUUGUCUUUUUUCUCGUUUUUCUUUUUUUCUGUUUUUUGUUUUUUCUCAUUUUUCCUUUUUUUUUUCUUUCUGCUUUUUCUAUUUUUGUUCUUUUUUUUUUGCUUUUUCUAUUUUUGUUUUGUUUUUUUGCUUUUUCUAUUUUUUUUGUUUUUUUGCUUUUUCUAUUUUGUUUAG